AUACCGCUAUCUGAACUUGCCAACAGGCGGUCGGCGACUAAAAACUGAAUUGCGCGGAAAUUAUGGAGUCGAAACCCUCUAAAACGAGUAGUGUUUGUGUUUAGGUGUUUGUCGUUGGGUAGCACUUCAUUUAAUCGUCCUUAGAGGAGCCGGGGUGCUGAACAAUGCUAGCCGGUUAGCCUGGAGUUGUUGCUAGCUGGCUAAGGAAGUUAGCCGGUUAGCUAGUCAUCUGCGGCAGACAGCCUGCCGGAGGUUGAUCGCUUGUUUCGCGCAUUUCAAGCCUUCUCAGCGACCUCUAAGUAUUAAAGUCUCACCUGAAGGAAAACCCCGUGGAGUGGCUUAAUGUAUGUCUAAUAUUAAACCCCGAAACUUCCAUAAUCUGCCUUUAAAAUGAAGCUGUGUCUCCUGAGCGGUCCGAUUUGUGUAAACGCUGCUCUUUUGUUUUGACAAAGGAAGCGGACCCGAGUUUGUUUUUUGUUGCUUUUUUCUUUAACACCAGUUCACAACUAGUAGUGGGACAGGUUAUCUUUUGGCGAUGGCGCCACAUAAGCACAGCUCUUCGGCUGGAGGCCACCCGGUGGGUUUUAGUUCUGGAGGAAAAGCCAACGGGUUGUACCAGCCGUCCUCCACCGCGAUGGCUGCAGCCAAGAAGCCCAACAUGCAGCUCAUUCAAGCCGACCACGAGUUGUUCCUGCAGGCCUUCGAGAAACCAACUCAGAUCUACAGAUUCCUUCGCACCAGGAAUUUGAUCGCACCUAUAUUCUUGCACAGGACACUUACGUACAUGUCCCACAGAAACUCAAGGAAUAACGCCAAAAGGAAAACCUCCAAGGUGGACAAUCUGCUGUUCAAAGUGGAAAAGACGAGGGGCGAGCAGGACACUCAGAGCUUAGCCUCAAAUCUGCAGCUCACCUUUACCGGCUUCUUUCACAAAGCAGGGAAGCCGUCUCAGGACAGUGAGAACGAGCAGAACUCUGUUUCUUUGGAGGUCCUGCUGGUCAAAGUCUGCCACAAGAAGAGGAAGGAUGUGAGUUGUCCGGUCAAGCAGGUCCCAACAGGGAAGAAGCAGGUUCCUCUGAACCCCGACACCAGCUCAGGAGGCCAGGCCAAGCCGGGCUCCUUCCCAUCACUUCUUGUUCCCAGCAGCGAGUUCGAGCCCAGCAACUCCCACAUGGUAAAGUCGUACUCGCUGCUGUUCCGAGUGUCGAGACCCGGGUUUCCACGAACUCAGAUCAACGGCCUGGCCAAUGGAGACUCUCACCAUGGCAGAGAUUUCACAGAGGAAGCAGUGAACAGGAAGAGGAGGGGCUCCUCUGUGAGGGAGGAGGGAGAAACCACGUUUGUGGCUCAGAUGACAGUUUUUGAUAAAAACAGGCGUCUUCAGUUACUAGAUGGUGAAUACGAAGUGUCUAUGCAAGAGAUGGAAGAGUGUCCUGUCAGUAAGAAGAGGGCAACCUGGGAGACCAUCCUGGACGGGAAGCGUCUGCCUCCUUUUGAGAGCUUCUCCCAGGGUCCAACCCUUCAGUUCACCCUGCGCUGGACAGGAGACUCCCCCGAACACUCAACGGCACCCGUCGCCAAACCUCUGGCCACGCGCAACUCUGAGACCAACCAGGACACCCGACCCGUCACCCUAAGAGCCACACCAGCACCAACUGUUAAAGAAUCCAUCAACACUGACACACAGACCAGGAGAGAACACAUCUUAGCCGAGCCUCGACAGAAACUCCGCAUCUUCUACCAGUUUCAGUACAACAACAACACCCGGCAGCAGACGGAGGCGAGAGACGACCUGCACUGUCCCUGGUGCACCUUAAACUGCAGGAAGCUCUACAGUCUGCUCAAACACCUCAAACUGUCGCACUCCCGUUUCAUCUUCAACUACGUGCCUCACCCUAAAGGAGCGAAGAUCGAGGUGUCCAUCAACGAGUGUUAUGAUGGUUCGUAUGCAGGAAACCCUCAGGACAUCCACAGCCAGCCAGGGUUCGCCUUCAGCCGGAACGGCCCCGUCAAACGCACCGCCGUCACCCAUGUCCUCGUCUGCAGACCCAGGAGGACAAAGCCGAGUCUGUCGGAGUUCCUGGAGUCGGAGGAUGGAGAUCGGGAGCAGCCGAGGACGUACAUCAGCGGACACAAUCGGCUGUACUUCCACAGCGACUGCUGCAUUCCGCUGCGACCGCAGGAGAUGGAAGUGGACAGCGAGGACGAACGGGACCCCGACUGGCUCAAAGAGAAGACUGUCAAGCAAAUUGAGGAGUUCACAGACGUCAAUGAGGGUGAGAAGGAGAUCAUGAAGCUGUGGAACCUUCACAUCAUGAAGCGCGGCUUCAUCGCGGAUAACCAGAUGAACGCCGCCUGUCUGGCAUUUGCUGAACACCACGGUGCUCACAUCGUCAAACACAACCUCUGCCGUAACUUCCUGCUGCACCUGAUCAGCAUGCACGACUUCAACCUGAUCAGCACGCUCACCAUCGACCAGGCCAUGGCCCAACUCCGCCUCCUCCAGAACCAGACCAACAAAGACCGGGAGGAUGAGGAGGACGAAGAAGAGGAGGAGGACUGGGAGACGGCAGUGGAGUCCCAGCCGGAGCUGGAUCCUGAUCAUGACCCUGAUCCAUCUGAGUAUAGAUCCUGUAGUGACGAGACGAACAUCGUGGAGAAUGGAAACCACCAACACCAGCAGCAGCAGGACGAGGAGGAAGAGGAGGGUGGAGCCACUGGGACUGGAAGGAUGAAGCAGAAACUCUCCACCCGUGGUUCAGUUCAGGUGUGAACUGACGAGCUGAACCACAAACACAGGUUACUGCAGGGAUCUCGACAAAACAGGACGAACUUUAAUCUGCAGGAGGGUUUUUUAAGAAACAUUGAAACCAGAGACACUUUGUGAAGUCGUGAGUCGAACGGAAAACUUGAAUCUUGAUUAUUUUCUCUCGACAGAUUCUGUAGACGUAGACAAACAGAGGGGCGGCAUCCUUUUCUUCUCUCUUGAAACUUCCUCUUAAAUGUUUUUGAGGAGAACCGAGGAGAGAGCACAAAGCAGAGGUGAAACAGGGCACAAAUUCAAUGCUGUGAACUAAAUGCUCACAAUUUAGGCUUAAAAUCUAUUUUUCUGCAGAUCCGCAAAUGUGCCAGAGCUCCUCUCUGCCUGCAGGCCUCAUCUCUUUUUCUUGCUGUUUUAAAAAUUCAAUAAAGCUACUGAUGGUCUGGAAGUCACCUGGUUUUACAAGAUGCCUCCAAACCCUGUGAUAGUUGAGUUAUUGCUCAUUCACAGCCACACAUGGACUGUAUGUAAAGAUGGAUGAGGCGAUGCGUUUUCGAAAGUCGAGUUGCAGGGAGGUGAUUAGUUUUCAUCUGACGGGCGAACCACUCUUACAGAAACUAUAGUCCUGCAUCUAUUAUGAAUCCAGUUAUGUUUAGAUAUUAAUGUAACAGAGGUCGACUGAGAACACCACAGUCAGAGAACUAAACCAUCUUUUUUUUAUUUUAGAAGUUUUCCUGAAGUAAUUAUUUUUAGUUGCCACACUGACAAAAAGUGGAAAAGUAAGAUUUCAGUUAAUGUUUUAACAAAACCAUUUUUAGGUUGAAUUAUAAGUUUAUCGGAACAAGAAAAAGGAAGAAGGGCUAGAAAAGAGGUCGUUUCAUGAAAGUAUUUUAACAGCAAAAAUUGGGCCUUAAAAAACCCAUAAAUGUAGCAAACUAAGUGUAAUAUUUUUGAGACAUUCACAGUAAUUCCUGUUAUUUCCUGUCAAAGUCAACUGAGCAUUUGUACAUUCCAAAUCCUGGAUGAUUUUAGGUUCAGACAUUAAAAAUACUUUGGUGUAAGCAACUAAAACCUUUCUCCAACUUUCUGCAAGUGCCUAAACUUAAGAAUACUUAAAUUGUACAUCAGGUUAGAGAGAAAAAAACAAUAGAUUAUGUACAUUUACGUUCAUGAUCAGAUUUACUGGAAACGUAAACUGUUUUUAGUAAAUGGAUUCUGGGCGAGUGGGUUCAGCGGAGUCUAGAUGGAGAUUUGUCUUUACAGCUGUCAAUCACCUGCUCUCACAUUAGAAGUGAAAAUGAAUCAACCAUUCAGUUUAGAGAUGCACCAACUGUGAAAUUCUGGACCAUGUUCUAUUUAUUUCUAUUUAUUUAGGGCCAGGGAACACAAAUUAAACUGUAAAUUUAUCAAACAUGUCUUCUCAUUUGUGACACUAAACAAGACUGAUGUGCGUCGUUGCAUCUGUACAGAAAUUACCCUCAUGGAUUGGAUACAUUUUUUGAGGGGGGGGCUUUCCAUCCAUCUUUAUAUACAGUGCAGUGUGUGAUUCUUCGGAGCUCAAACGUCUUCUGCUGGUCUCAGAUGUGAACCUGCAGUUCAGUGCUUUGUGCUCGCUCUGUAGUUCACUUCACCUUUAAAGUAAAUCGCUGUCUUUUCCCUUGAGGAGUACAGAUUGUGGUCAUGGAUCAUAUUUUACACGCUCCUGAUUGGCUGAUCUGUUCGGUGUUCAGAUGUCAACGUAUCUGAUUAGAUCUCUGAUUCAUCCAGUAGGUCUAGAAUCAAAUUUCUGGGUACCUGAUCUAGUUGUAAAAGCUCAAAUUUGUUCGCUUAAGGUCUUUAAGUGUCCAGUUUAGUCUCCAGUUGGAUCACCAGGUCUCUUGUUGGUCUAUCAAGUGUUCGAUUAGACCUAGAAUUUGCUUUCCAGCCUCGCCAGGCCUCUAGGUGUCUAUUGUGGAGUUCCCCAGGUGUCUAUCCUAGGUCCUCUUCAGUUUCCAUCUACCUGAACUGUCACACUUUUUCCUUUUUAAGGCCUUUUCUGACCUGUUGUGACCAAAACCCAGAUCAGAAUCUAUACACAAUCAUACAGGAUGUUCCUCUUGAAGCUCCGCCUCCUUCUGAUUCCACACCUUCAGACCAAAUCCAAGUCCUCUGUUGUGUUUGAGAUGAAUGUUGUAGCUUUGUCCCUUUGAGGCUGAAGUUGGUGCUGCAUCAACAGAGGACUUGAUCCGUCGUCAGUAUUUAUGAUCUGGUGCUGAUUCAUCCUUUACACUUAUAUACUUUUAUAAGUAUUUUAAUGAUUAUGGUGAUUAUUUGGAGGUUGUUUUCUCGUUAAAGUGGGUAUAUUAUUACAAAAAAAAAAAGACUAAUCUGAUUUUUUUUUUCUUUUUCUAAUGGCCUUUUUCCACCACAUAGCACUCACAUGACUCUUGUUUUGGUCGAAGAUUUAAUCUUGUCGCAAAUGUUCUAUUAGCGCUUUUUUUUUUUUUUUUUUUUUUUUUUUUGCAGCAAAUGGAGCUUAACAGAAUGACACGAUGCAAUUUGUGCUUGUUAAUUCAAUCUGAUGAAUUUGUCCAUAAUAGUUUCUAGAUGUGACAUUUUCUCCUGAAAUCAGUCACUACAGUUACUGUUAAAUCUCUGAUAAAUACAAGUAACUAAACGAAACUUUUUUUUUUUUUUUUUUUUACCUAGUUUGUUUUAUCUUUAAAUGACAAAGAAAUUAAGCUUAGAUAUGUUGCGAUGAUGAGGUAAUUAACCUGUUAAAAUCAGAAAUAAGCUGUUGUAGCUUGACAUAAGGAAAUAAUUCACCUAUUAGGAAGAGAAAAACUGUCUUUUGAAUUUUUAGAUGAUUAACCUGUAGC